UGUUAGUUUCACACAAAGAUGUAUUGUUUUAAGAAUAAUUAUCUAAUGAUUAUAAAGUGUUACUAAAAUUUGAGUCCGGAAAAAAUCCUCCCAAGCAGCAGGUCAUUUGACCGAGGGAGUAGAAGUAAACCAAUGUUCCUGAGGGAGCAUAGAAUAUCCAAAAACCAUAGAACCCUCGUGCCUCUCUCUUUCUCUUUGGAGUCGUGCCUCUUUCUCUUUCUGUGGAGUGGAGCACGAGACCGAGAAUCAAAAAGUCUAGAAUUCACAUUUCUCUUGCUCUCUCUAAGAAGCUCUAGGUAAGCUUAUGUCUCGAAUCUCCAUCUUCGAAUGCGAAUUUUGCUUACAUGUUUCCACUUUCAAAUUGAUAUCUAAGAUUUCAGUCCAUUCAAAUUGAUUUCUAGGGUUUCCCAUCACCUGAAAACCUUCACUUUCAUCUCUCUUUUCGCUUUCAACUUCUUUUCUGAUUAUUCAAAUUCUUCGGUCCAAAAUUGAAACUUUCCAAUUUUAUGUGUUUCCAUUUGAAUCCCACACUUUUUUAAUUGGAUUCUAGGGUUUUUUGUUGUGUCUUUUUGUCUGCUCAUCUCGAGUGAGAUUGGAAACUCUUCUCAAUAACAGACUUUGGCAGUAAAUUUUCAGAGCUGAAUUCAACUUUUACACUGAAAUUUUCCAAUUUAAUUUCCUGAAAAUCGAUAACUUCCAUGAUCUUCUGAUCGAUUGGUUCCGAAUCCAUAUCCAUGGCGCCUGCUUUCACCUAUCGUUUUGCUUCUAGGCUUCUUCGAACCUCCGUUUCUCGUUUCUUAACCCCCCGAACUACUCGAAUUCCUCCAUCAGUUACUUCUGUAGGUUUAGGGUUUCAAUCUCGCCAAACUCCAUUGGAGCCGUUCUCUACACCUGGUCUCCGAUACCUGGCAACCCUAAGACGGCAGCCCUCUCGUCCUCGCAAGGUAGACAUUGGAGCUAGGGCACGACGGUUACAGAACCGAAGGCUAUGGACCUAUGCCCUGACUUUCAGUGGAGUCGCAGCUUUCAUAGUCAUUGUCAUUUACAAUUUUGAAGACCAAAUGGUCUUUUAUGUUACCCCAAGUGAUGCGCUGGAAAAAUUCUCGGCUAACCCGUCAAAAACCAAGUUUCGAUUGGGUGGUCUCGUUCUUGAAGGGAGUGUAGUUCACCCCCCUUCUUCUUCUGAAAUGGAGUUUGUGAUCACUGAUUUGAUCACUGAUAUUCUGGUUAAGUAUGAGGGCCCAUUGCCUGAUCUCUUUAGAGAGGGGCAUUCAGCUGUCGUUGAGGGGCAUAUUCGUCCUUUUACACCUGAGGAUAAGCAGGUGGAAUUGUCUGGUAGGGCUCGUGUUUCAGAGAAGGCAAGAACGGGAGAUUAUUAUUUUGCUGGAACAGAGGUGCUCGCAAAGCAUGAUGAAAAGUAUAUGCCUAAAGAGGUGGCAGCUGCUUUAGAGAGGAAUAAGGCUAAAUUGGAGGAAGCUCAUUCGGCUCAAUUGACUCAACAGCAGGUGGCAAGGACAAAUUGAUAUGGCUAUUUUUUAUGUUGAUUUAGUCAAAUUUUGGAUCAUUUGGAUGUUUCAAUUUUGUCAACUUUGGGUUUUUUUGUUCCUUUAGGUUUGAUAAUAUUGUGGGGUUUUUUUCAAGAAGAAACAAAUGAAAAUGUGGGUUUCUUUUGUCAUAUUCAUAAUCUCAAUUUUGGGGGGCUUAGGUUAUAACUGAGGCUUUUGGUGUUGGGACUUGGAUUGCCUGUGCCGUGACAAAGUGGAGAUGCUUAUACAUUUCCUGAGGGAGCAUUGUUCUCCAUGUUUAUUUACAUUCUUUGUUGUAAUGGGACUGUUUUUAUUGUCUUUCUAUUGUAUUGGAUAUUCACCUACUUAUUGGAAUAAAGCAGUUUAAAACUGUGGAGAGUUUAUUGGCUGA